CCUUUCAGUAAUGCUGACAGGACUCUGUGAAGCUCAGCGGAGAGGAGAGUAAUCUGAAAUACUUUUGAAGAUAUAUAUUUUUCUCCAUCAGAAGAGGACUAAAACGGGACGCUGCCACCAUGAGUACCAUGUUUGCAGACACCAUCCUGAUCGUCUUCAUCUCUAUUUGCACAGCGCUUUUAGCAGAAGGUAUCACCUGGGUUUUAGUAUAUCGGACUGAAAAGUACAAGAGACUAAAGGCAGAGGUGGAAAAGCAAAGCAAAAAACUUGAGAAGAAAAAAGAAACCAUAACUGAGUCUGCUGGACGUCAGCAGAAGAAGAAGAUCGAAAGACAGGAAGAGAAGCUGAAGAACAACAACAGAGACCUGUCUAUGGUGCGAAUGAAGUCCAUGUUCGCCAUCGGCUUCUGCUUCACAGCUCUGAUGGGAAUGUUCAACUCCAUCUUUGACGGACGAGUUGUGGCCAAGCUGCCGUUUGUGCCGCUGUCCUACAUCCAGGGCCUGUCGCACCGCAACCUGCUGGGAGAGGACUACACGGACUGCUCCUUCAUCUUCCUCUACAUCCUCUGCACUAUGUCCAUCAGACAGAACAUUCAGAAGUUGCUCGGCCUCGCACCCUCCAGAGCAGCAACGAAGCAGGCCGGGGGCUUCCUGGGACCUCCUCCUCAAGCAGCCAAGUUCUCCUAAUCAGCGUGUCCCCAUGACCAGCUUGUUCUGGAGAAAAUGUCUUCAUCAGUUGCAGCUGUUGCAUGACAACUUGUUUUGAUUUUGAGUUUUUGUGUGUUUUAUUUAUCUCAAAAGUUGUCUCCAUGAACAUUAGAAAAUAACUUGUUUCUAAAAUUCUGUUCUUUAAAAUGUCUGCUGUGCAUCAGCUGCCGUCACUGACUGAGGUUUGAGUUUCUGAGUGGCACAUCAACAUGCAGCCUUCAGUAUUACUGUAUGUCAUCAUCUGUACUGGAGUAUUUUGUAUACUAAUAAAGUUUUAAGAUACAAUUUAGCUUCCA